AUGUCAUUUACAAAGGUAUUACAUACACAAGAGACAUUGAAUGGUCUGUUGUUGUUGGAGGAUUGCUUGGAAUCAUCGGCUCAACACUUGUUGAAUCAUAUUUAUGAUGAAUGGCUUGGACCUGUUGGCAACAAUAACAGUUCAAAGAAGAGUGUAUGGUUCAUCAAUCAAUCUAUACCAUUGAUAGAGUAUACAAAGCUUGCAAAGAAGUAUAAUAAUGUCAACUUUGUGGUCAUUGAUUGUUAUUCAGACCCAUUUGGUUGGAAGAAGAAUGAGCAACAGUUGGCACAGACACAGUCACAACAGCAACAACAAUCACCCAUUGUAUUCAACUGUACUGGUCAAGACUCUGCAUCAUGUUUGGACGCGUUGAAGUUGGCAUUCAAUUCGAAUCGUGUACCUCAAAGACUCAAGGACAACCCGAUACUCAUCAUCAACACACUCAGUGCAUUCGUCUUAAAGAAUGGUCUCUCUGACACUUGCAAUCUGGUCCGAACACUCAUCAACUAUAACUUUAACAAUGUACAUACUACUACAACUUCAUCAACUACCAAUGCUGCUACUGCCACUGCUACGACGACAUCAUCAAAGAACAAGAUUGAUACAGGCAUUCAACCACAUAGCAAGAAGUCAGAGAAGAGUUUCUCAUGUGUCUUGGGCAUACUUCACUCUGACCUGCAUUAUAGCGAUCAAACAGUGGAGCGACAACUCCAGUACAUAUCAUCAACUUCCAUCCAAGUGACGCCACUCCCCGCCAAGCUGCUCCUGUCUCAAUCACUAUCCAAUCCAUAUGAAGCCACAAUCACUGUGAUCACAAAGAAGAGAUCAGGUAGAGUGUUGCGUAAUGUCGAGUAUUACUACGUAAAGAAUGGUCGAUUGGAGUUUGAUUCAGCUGACCUGUUUGAGAAGAAGGAGGAGGAAAAGGAGGCUGACCCAACACAGAACCUAUCGUUCAAUCUCAAGCUGACGGAUGAAGAAAAGGCAGCCAAGGACUCUGUGGUCCUGCCAUACAGACAUCAAGGCGAGAAUCAAUUGGUGAUUGAGGAUGUCAUUGAUGAUGACGACUAUGACGAUGAGGACCCAGACGAUGAUUUGGAUAUAUAA